GCUAACGUCCUGGAGGGAGAGGAGGUGAAGCAGUCCCAGAAGAAGAAGGUGAAGGAGUUGAAGGUGCUGGACGGCAAGUCCUCCCAGGCCCUCUCUAUCUUCCUGGGCUCGUUCCGUAUGCCCUACGAGGAGAUCAAGAACGUCAUCCUGGAGGUCAAUGAGAAGGUCCUCACAGAGUCCAUGGUUCAGAACCUGAUCAAGCAGCUGCCUGAGGCGGAGCAGCUGAGCGUCCUGGCUGAUAUGAAGGACGACUAUGACGACCUUGCAGAGGCCGAACAAUUCGGAGUAGUGAUGAGCAGCGUGAAGCGUCUGAAGCCCCGCCUCACGGCCAUCCUGUUCCGGCUGCAGUUUGAGGAGCAGCUGAACAACAUCAAGCCAGACGUGGUGUCUGUGACGGCGGCCUGCGAGGAGCUGCGUCAGAGCCAGACCUUCACCCAGCUGCUGGAGAUCAUCCUGCUGGUGGGGAACUACAUGAACGCAGGCUCCCGCAACGCCAAGGCCUUCGGAUUCAGCAUCAGCUACCUCUGCAAGCUGCGGGACACCAAGUCAGCUGACCAGAAGCAGACGCUGCUGCACUUCCUGGCCGACGUGUGCCAGGAGCAGUACCCCCAGGUCAUGACCUUCCCCGACGAUCUCAUACACGUGGAGAAGGCCAGCCGAGUGUCGGCGGAGAUGCUGCACAAGAGCCUGGAGCAGAUGGGCAAGCAGCUGAAGAACCUGGACAAGGAGCUGGAGACCUUCCCUCCUCCUCAGAGUGAGCGGGACCUCUUCAAGGAGAAGAUGUCCAGUUUUGUGGUGGGAGCCAGGGAGCAGUAUGAGAAGCUGCAGCUGAUGCACGCCAACAUGGAGAAGCAGUACAACGACCUGGGAGACUUCCUCGUGUUCGACCCGCGCAAGCUGUCCGUGGAGGAGGUGUUCGGAGACCUCAACAACUUCAGGAACAUGUUCCAGCAAGCGGUGAAGGAGAACCAGAAGAGAAGGGAGACUGAGGAGAAGAUGAAGAGGGCCAAGCUGGCCAAGGAGAAGGCCGAGAAGGACAAGGAGGAGAAACUCAAGAAGAACCAGCUGCUGGACAUCAACUCAGAGGGCGAUGAGACUGGUAUCAUGGACGGCCUGUUGGAGGCGCUACAGUCUGGAGCUGCCUUCAGGAGGAAGAGGGGACCGCGACAAGCAGCCAAUCGGAGAGCUGGAAAUGCCGUGACGGCUAUCCUGGCCAAAGAGUUGAUGCAAGAGGACACUCCCCCCUCGUCCAAGCCGCCCAAUAAUAAAAGCAAACAGGCUGAGCAGAAGGAGCAGUCCCCCACGGAGGGGGCGGAGUCUCUGGAGGACCUGUUGGAGGACGGCCCGUCUCGUUCUCACUAAGACAGUGUGUUGUUUCUUAAGCACAGAUCCAAGACCAGCCCAGCUGAUCUGCGCCACCCACAAACCUGGAGGGCGGGAAUAGAACUGGUCUGAGAUCAGUGAUUCAAGUGCGACUCCUGUCUGUCAUCGGCUCCGUCGACGGAGGCCUCUGUGAUGCUCCGCCCCUUCUCCUCAAUGGGACCACUGGAUUGGACCAACUGGAUCUUGGGGGUGUGGACCGAUAUGUGAGGGCGGGGCUCUCUCUGUUGACUCCACCUCCGAUGUGUCCUGCACUGGCUUCUGUCCCCUAACCCUCCGCUGCCAUAUGAACCUCCCCAGUCCUGCUUCAGCAUCACCACUCAUCCACAGCGCUCUGGCUUUCUUUGUUUCCUCUCUCUCUCUCUCUCCAUCUUUAUGUCUCUGUUGCUGUCUGUCUUGUCCUAUCCACGUUUUAAGAGAUUCCAAAGACUAGAACUCUGGAGGGAUCCCACAUCAUUCCACACAGACCUGGACUUCCCAAGCCCUGUCUUGGGAAUACCCUGCUGUGCCAGCGUGGGACUCAUGGAACAUUCCAGAUCACACUCUCCCUUUUCUCUCCCUCUCAGUCCUUUGGGAUUGGUUAAAAACCCUAUACAACAUUAGCUACUGUAGGUUAUAUUCUGUAUGUACAUUUUUAUGUUUCGCUUAUACUGCAUGUCUGAUCAAUCAACAAGUGCCAAUGCAAUUCUAGACUGUACUGAACUCUGCUUUAUCCAACAGUAAUCUGUUGCCAGGCUGGUGUUGACUAAUCAAAAGCCGUCAAUCAUAAAUGGUUCUGAUGUUCUCACAGCUGUGUGUGAGUUUGUGUUUUCUAAAGGGUGUGUGGUGAUCACAUGUUGAGUGUGCGGGUGUGUCACAUGAGGGUUCUCUCUUCGCCUCACUGGUCAGAACCCCAGCAAGUAGCCAGGCGCCAAGAAGUUCUGGGAUCUGUCAUUAGAACAGCACCACUGGAAGGGUGUCUCCACAGCAACCUCAGCCUGGCAACGGUGUGUGUGUGUGUAUUUGCACUGCCAUCUAAAAUUACUGUUUGGUAAUGCUCCUGUCAUAAAUGUUAUAUUUCAUAAACAGAGCUGUGGUCUUUUUGCUAAGGCUCCUGCACGCUGGAAAACGGCCCCAAAACUGCUGAGAUAAGAGAGUGUGUCUGUUGACGUGUCUCUGUGUGUGUGUGUCUGUGAGUGUGUGUGUGUGUGUGUGUGGACGUGUCUCUGUGAGUGUGUGUGCAGUCUCCCCUCUGGACUGCAACAUUGGUUGUAGACUGUCUGGCCUUGCUCUUUUAUAUUCAGUAGCCGUCAGCAAAUGUUGCCACAACAUCACUAUACAACAAGAACAAUAGGAUGUCCUGUCAGUUACUCCUGCAAUGCUGAUCUAUGCAAACAAGAUACUGUCAAACCUAACCCAUGAUCUCAAGUCAGUCCCAUUUCCUAUAAUAACCCUGAUCCCACAUCAGUUUACACUGUGAAGAUCCAAGCAGCAAUGUCUUGUCAUUGCUGGAAUGUUUUGAUAAGGAUAUUUGCCAUGGUAACACAUCAGACUUGACUUUGCAACUAUGUAAUUUGAAUGACUUAUCGUAAGUUUGAUUUACACAUGGUCACCUAAAAAGUCGGUAAAGGGCUAUUGGAAUAGAAUGUUAUUUACUAAAAUGCAUUUAUAGUAAUUAUUUUUUAUUCUUUGGAGGUUGUGUCCUAUCCCCAACUGCAACAUUGUGUCAACCUUCAGACAACAUUUUCUGUGGGGAGGCUGGGUCACAUGACCCUAUUAUUUAAGUUGUCUUUUCAAACAUGUAGAGUUGAGGUUGAGAGGAAACAUCACUGUAAAAUACCUUUUUCUGGACCAUUUAUUUUGUUGAUUAAAUUUUUUAAGAACGUAUUUUCUACGUGGAUUUUUACUCUUGGUUAUUUUAACGUAAGCGUAAGUCUAAUUUUGUUGGAGAGAUAUCACUGGCCAGAUUGUGUAUAUUGAAUAAUUAUGUUGUUGUUCAAUGGGUUCACUAGUGAUGUAAAACCAUUAAAAUGUCUUCAAUUAG